AUGGUCGACGUCGCCAAGGUCGCCGACAUCGUCCUCCUCAUGAUCGACGGAAACUACGGCUUCGAGAUGGAGACGAUGGAAUUCCUCAACGUCCUCGCCGCCACCGGCAUGCCCGGCAACGUCUUCGGCAUCCUCACCCACCUCGACCUCUUCCGCAAACCCCAGGCCCUCAAGGAUGCCAAGAAGCGGCUGAAGCGCCGGCUGUGGACCGAGCUGUACCAGGGAGCGCACCUCUUCUACCUCUCAGGCGUCAUCAACGGCCGCUACCCGGACCGCGAGAUCCACAACCUGUCACGCUUCGUCUCCGUCAUGAAGAACCCGCGCCCGCUCAUCUGGCGCAACGCCCACCCGUAUGCCAUCGUCGACAGUUUCCGCGACAUCACCCACCCGGCCAAGAUUGAGCAAGACCCGAAAUGCGAUCGAUCCGUCGUCCUUUCCGGAUAUCUCCGCGGCACAAACUUUGCCGCCGACGGCCAGCGCGUCCACGUCGCCGGAUUAGGUGACUUUACCGUCGCCAGCAUGGAGGUGCUUCCGGAUCCAUGUCCGACGCCGGCAAUGGAGCAGGCCAUGGCCAAGGUCACCGGCAAGACCGGACGCCGAAGGCUCGAUGAGAAGGAGAAGAAGUUGCACGCGCCCAUGUCGGAUCGAAGCGGCCUCAAGAUCGAUGGCGAUGCCAUCUGGAUCACGAGGGAGAAGGGCUUCACCUUUGACCAGUCCAACGACGCCGAACGCGGCGAAGGCGAGGAGAUGAUGAUUGGCCUGCAGGCCGAGCGGAGGCUGCUUGGUCAGACCGAGGAGGGAGUCCAGCUCUUCUCCGGCGGCGACAAGCUGAAGGAGGUCGCCGCCGACCAAGACAACGGCAGAAAAUCACGGAGGAAGGCUCGAUUCGCCGACCGUGACGGCCAAGACGACCAGUCAGAUGUCAGCAACGACGACGUUGAUGACGACGACGCUUUCGUUGGCGGCAGCGACGACGAGGAUGGGUCGGAUGUUGACGGCGACGAGUUUAGCGAGAACAAGGUCGGCGUCAUGUUUCGCAAGGACACCGACAAGGCACACGGCGAUGAGGAUCUUGCCUUUGCCGACAGCGACUCGGACCUAGGCUCCAUCUCCGACCUCGACGAAGACGACGACGGCGGCGACGACGACGAAUUCGAUUCCGACGAGGAAGCAGCCGCCGUACGGUGGAAGGACGACCUCGCAGGGAAAGCACACAAGUUCCAUAGCAGGAGACGGCCCUACCACACUGGAAAUUUGGCGCGGUACAUGUACGAUACCUCCAUAACCCCCGAGGACGCCCUCAAGCGAUGGAGAGGCGAGGACGAUGAGCCGGUCGAGGAGGACAUCGAAGCCGAUUCCGACGACGAAGCCUUUUUCAAGAAAUCGUCCCAGGAGAAGCAGGACGCAGCCGAAGACAGGUCGAUUCCCCUAUACGACUACGAGGACUUGGCUGCCAAGUGGGCGGCCAAGGACAACGUCGACGCGCUCCGGAAGAGGUUCACAACGGCAUCGGCGGCAGGAGAGCAUGGAAGUGACGACGAUGACGACGAUGGUGACGAUGCCGUCGGUGACAGCGACGACGACGACGAGGGUGACGGCGUCUUCGAGGAUCUCGAGGCCGAUGCCGCCCCUCAGCAGCAGUCGGCAGACGAUAUCGCCGUCGAACGCGAAAAGAACGCGAAGCGGAAGGAGGAGCUCAAGUUGCGCUUCGAGCAGGAGGACAGAGAAGGCUUCCUCAACGACAAAGCCAAUGCUCGGCGAGAAGGCGGCGACCUGCAGGAAUUUGGCGAGGAUCAGUGGUACGACGCGCAAAAGGCCAUGAUUCAGAAGCAGCUCGAUAUCAACAAGGAGGAGUUUGAGACGCUCGACGACGGGCAGCGGACCGCCGUUGAAGGAUACCGGUCGGGUCAGUACGCCAAGCUCGUGCUCGAAAACGUGCCGGCCGAGUUCGUCGAGAAGUUCAAUGCCCGACUCCCCGUCGUCGUCGGCGGCCUGACAGCUACCGAGGAUCGUUGGGGCUUCGUCCAGGUGCGCAUCAAGCGUCACAGAUGGCACAAGAAGAUCCUCAAGACGAACGACCCCCUCAUCUUCUCCCUCGGCUGGCGCCGCUUCCAGACGCUGCCCCUCUAUAGCAUCUCCGACUCUCGCACCCGCAACCGGAUGCUCAAGUACACGCCCGAGCACAUGCAUUGCUUCGGUACCAUAUACGCGCCUCUUGCCGCCCCCAACACGGGAUUCGUCUGCUUCAACUCCUUCUCCCCCGACACCCCUGGCUUCCGCAUCGCCGCCACCGGCAGCGUCCUCAGCGUCGACGAGUCGACCGAAAUCGUCAAGAAGCUCAAGCUCACCGGCGCGCCCUACAAGAUCUUCAAGAACACGGCCUUUAUCAAGAACAUGUUCAACUCGGCGCUCGAGAUUGCCAAGUUCGAAGGUGCCUCCAUCAAGACCGUCUCCGGCGUCCGCGGUCAGAUCAAGCGUGCUCUGUCCAAACCCGAGGGCCACUUCCGCGCCACCUUUGAGGACAAGAUUCUCCUCAGUGACAUCGUCUUCCUGCGGGCCUGGUACCCGAUCAAACCCCACCGCUUCUACAACCCGGCCACGAACCUCAUCGGCUGGCAACCGAUGCGGCUGACGGGUGAGGUUCGCCGCGACCAAGGCAUCGCCACGCCCCAGCUCAAGAACAGCCAGUACCGUAAGAUCGAGCGCGAGAACCGUCACUUCAACCCUCUGCGUGUCCCCCGCGCCCUGGCCGCCGAGCUGCCCUUCAAGUCGCAGAUUGUCGAGGCGAAGAAGCAGAAGAAUCAGACGUACAUGCAGAAGCGUGCCGUUGUCCUCGCUCCGGGUUCCGAGGAGAAGAAGGCGCGGGCGGUGAUGCAGCAGCUGCUCACCGUCCGCAAGGAUGCCGCCGAGAAACGAAAGGCCAAGAAGGACGAGAACCGGGCGGCGUUCAAGAAGAAAAUGGCCGAGAACCUCGAGAAGAAGGAGGCAAGGGAGAAGAGAGAGACCAAGGAGUUUUGGCGAAAGAACGGGAGGAAGAGGGCCGCCACCGGAGGAGACGACGACCUGGGCGGAGGCGGCGGCGGCGGCAAGAGAAGGAAGUGA